AUGGCUUCCGCAAAAUCAUACCCGUCAAGUCUUUUAAUAAACGUAGAGGAACUUAUUAAGUUGCAAGGAGUAGAGUCGCAAAGAGUGGAGUUCAAGAAAGCUUGGCAUAAUCGGAAGGACACUCCAAGAAGCACUUAUUGGCAAGUUAUUCAUACUAUCACCGCCUUUGCCAACGACCUUUAUCAUGUAAACGGAGGAUAUAUCAUUAUCGGUGUGGAAGAGAAAGAAGACUGUGAAUCUCCUGAUAGCCUUCAGGUCAUUUCACCACCGCUCGGUGUCACAGGAAAUCUCGAUAAAAUACAGAAGGAGAUAUCUGGAGCUUGUCGAGAGAACAUCAAACCUGAAAUUAAUCCCAUACUGCAACCUGUGGUCGUCGAUGGAAAAAAAGUUCUCGUUAUCUGGGUCAGACCUUCGGAUAAUGGGCCACAUAGGUGCAGAGAAAGUAACAAGUCAAACGAAUGGAACUAUUACAUAAGAGGGGGCACGGAAACCAAGAAAGCAAAGUCCGAACAGAUAAGCCUACUUCAUCAACACUCUGGGGCUCCUCCAUUUGAUGACAGAAAAGCGCCUAAUACUGGUAAGGUACAUUAAACCUAACCUAUACACAUGAAAUAAGUUUAGAGGCAUGCGCUGUUUUAGUGAGACUAUCACCCAAAAAAUCGAAUAGUUUCAACUACUAUAUAGAGAAAAACUCUUUUGUUGCAAACUUGAUUGUUUUGUUUACGCUUAGUUGUCAAGAGAUACCGUGGAGAGAAGAUAUAACAAAAGUGCGCAGAAGAGUAAAAUGAGUUCUCAGAACUGCUGUAACUAGACGACUAAAAUUGCACUUAAAAAAAUGAUACUCAUUUUCGCUGCAAGUUAUUCUAAUUCACACGGGAAUUUAUAUCCUUUUUAUGCGUUAUCCGAGUCAAAUUAAUCCGCUAAACGCCAUGCGGAGAAGAAAUUAAACUAAUUAAUUAUUUGUGCUAUUUACCUAUCGUGGCGAGUUGUUAUUAUUUCAUGCUUUCAAUGCGUCGAACAGCUUAAAUUCAAUAGCAAGACCAUAAAAAUUGUCCCAUUUAAUUAAACCAGCUGAAGAUCCAUAUGCGCAGCACAAGAAUUAUUUUUUGAAUAAUAAUACAUUUAUAAUGUUGGGGACUUUUGAAGUCAAUAUUAAGUUUUUCUUUUUUAAAGAAUCUUUAAGGCCUAUUAGUCUGAUUGUUCUAAUGAGACUUGUCCUAGGAAGGAAAGUUUUCUGUUCACGACACACACAACAGAUAAACUAGAUAGAAAAACCUAGCAUUGUCUUUUAUUGAGGACAUCUGUACCUAUUCUUUCAUACAAUUUACUAUUUUUUAACAAUUAUUUUGAACACAGCUAGAGAGUUAUUCAACACUGUUGAUCAAAGAAAUUACAUGACAAUGGCAGCGAAGUCUUAAGUUGCACUAAUUUUGGGGUCCGUCAGAGCUCAUCUCACAAUUAAGAGGCGAUCUCUGUAAGAGCGAUCCAGGGCAUUUCGUAUCGGAAAAAGUUUCCCUCAAACUUUGCCCAAUAAACUAUCUUUGGUAACAAGUAAAUAAAACCACAUUAGUUUCUGGAAAUACUUUAAAAUUAAAUUUUUAGAGCUCUCAAAAGUCAAAGCUACAAAAGGCCCUCUUUUGACCUCUUGCGACAUCGAAAAUUUUCAAAAGUUGAAUAGCCCGGUCCUCGUAUCACACCGCGUGCAGCAAAAAAUAUUUUGUAUUCUUAAAGUGUGUGAUAUAUAAGGUGUAUAAAAUGCAUUUCAAUUUUGAUAUUCGUUUAUUCAGAGGUUCGUCAUAAUUUAUUUAAAAACACUCGUUGGACAGCUUUCUGAAAUUGGUUAAAAGUACUCUUUCUUUCUUGGUUGGUAUUGCUCAAGUCCAGACCAGACCAUUAAAAAACUCCGCUUGAUUUCUGCUAAUAAGAUGUUUGGCUGCAGAAAAAUAUAAAAACAUCUUGCACUUAUUGAUUUUCUUCGCAGAGGUGACUUCAAACUUUUAGCGGUAUUGCUAGCGUGACAGCCGAUUAUGCAAAUUAGUUCAGUGAGCAAACUCCGACCGUUUUAUAUGAGUAGCUCAAUAAAUCUCAGAUUUAACCAUUUUGAGUAGAAAAUAUAGUAGAAAUAUAGUAGACAGAGCUUUAAGACCACACCGAUUAAUACCUUAAACAUUUUAAAAGGCAAAAAUUAACAAAUUUUAAUAUCUCGUGACGAAAGACAGCAACAACAACGUAUCGAAUAACAUAAUUUGAUUAGCGCUCGCAAACUCUUUUUUAAAAAUUUGGCUUCUGUUAUUUCAUAUUUGAGUUCUGACAGCUUACGCUAUUCAAACCUCUAUGAACAUUUCAAAACCACACUACAGGAUUCUAUUUAGUGUAACCGGUGAUAACAGCACACACUGAAAUACACCGUGACCACUGUCACGUAAUUCAAUUGUGUAAUUAUCCUGAAUUGCUUCUCCCUUUGUAAUAAAACAGCGAUAACAUCGCCUUUAGGAUCAGAAUUCUGGUCGUCAGGAAUAGGAGGAAAUUUUUCUGCACAUCUGUCUCUAUGAAAGUUUUCUAUUCAGAACUCUAGGGAGUUCUUGUGGAAAAGGACUCCGCGAUUUUUAAGGAAAUAAAUUAUUACUGUAACGAUAGGAUUUUUAGUUAUCGAGUUCUUUCAUGCUUGCGCUUCAAAAAUACAAUAUUCAACGUAGAAAGCUUAGAUCAGCAAAGCGUAAAUGCUACCAGUUCUCCUUUAGUCACCGUAAACAGUUGUUAUUAGUGUUAAACUGUAACAGCCACCUGUCAUGUCUUUUGUGUAACUGUUAUCCACGGGAACUCUUUGAAAGUAAUUAAUGUUGCAAAAGGCGAAAUUCCUACUAAGCCAAUAGUUUAGUAGAUUACAUGAUCCUUUAGAUUAUUCAUGACAUUACGUUAUCCAUGUACGUUAGGUUUAAAUAGGACUGUUCUGUAAAGCUUAGCGGUGAGAAAGUUAGGGAGUAGAACGGGGUCGAACCAGCCCUGGCCAGGUCCGUUCUGGUCAAAAUUGUAGUCGAGCUUGCAGAAUAAAUCUACGUUGGAGCCAACCCUGUUGUUGUUAGUCAUUCUCUCAAGGAUAGUCAGCAGCCGUAAUAGAUUCCGGUUACCUCCCCGCAGCCAGCGAGUGCCCCCAAGGAGAGCCUUUACCCACAAGAGUUUUAAGAGUUGUCCCCGUCCGUCCGUUCAUUUGUGAAGGCAAAACCCUGUUUUCACAUUACGUUACAUGUCACCUCAUUUUUCCAACGAUUAGCUAUAUCUAUGUUGUAAAGCGCGUAAUUUUAUUAGCUGUAAUUCAUAUGUCUCUUUGGGUACUGGUUUGCUUGGGAUUAAUAACACUAAAUUCUUGAAGCGGUAUUCGUCACAAGAAGUCCUGUUUUCAGUCGCUUUCCUCAGAAACUUCGUUCGGAGACUCACGAGGAGUUUCCGGUUUGUUUAACUUGCCUCAGAGUACUGACUCAAUAAAGAGUCAUCUCUGCUUAGUCCAUUUGUCAAAAGAGAGUUUCAGAGAAGGAGAGCUUAUCUUUGCAAGGGCUGGCCUGUUCGAUGGAGAAGACUCAGUUAUGGCAAAAUGUGGGUCUGCGCAAAGCAUAGGCACAUUUAUGGGAAGUUCUGGCGCCAAAGUUCAGCGUGCCAGUAUCCGACACACCCUGGCAGCGAUUCCAAAGGGGUAAAGAGCCGGUAUUCUGUCAAUUUGCAAAUGUCAAAAGCCAUUUCUAAGAUGUAUGGCGUUCUAUAGAGGUUUAGACAAUACUGCAGCUGAGGGAGCGGAUGGUUUCAAGGAUUUUCUCCAACUUAUAGACGAAUUGGAAAGCGUGGGAGCAGAAAAGGACUAGUGUAAAGAGGUUCGGGAGAGGCUUCAGGAGAGCAAGUUGUAUUUGAAGACUACAUACCGUAAUCACUGCGAAGAGGACGAUAGUAAAUGUGCCGAUCACUGUAGGGUCUUUGCACUGAGCGAUGCUGCUGACACUGACGUUCAGAAAGUAUGCAGUCACAGUCACAACGUGAGGUGUGAGGAUUGUGAGAAACCGAAGAGUGUUCUUGAAGAAGUAAAAGGCGCUAUUUCUGAGUACACAAUUCAAUUUGGUAGGUUCCAAGCGGAAGACUAUCUGUAUGAAGUAAAAAAUUGCUGCCGCUAAGAUCUUUGAAUGGAGAGGGCAUAUCGUGAGAGCAGAAACCAGGAUCAGUACAAGCGGCAAAUUGUCGAUACUUUGAAGGGAGAUAAAGCAUUUAUGAUAGUUGACUGGACAAUGAAGUUCAUAGCGAUGAAGUUCCGGGAAAAGCAAGCAGAAUACUUUCUCAAGAGGGAAAUCAAUUGGCAUGUGAGUAGCGUUGUUUUAAGACAGGAGGAAAGCCUGGAAGUAACCUGAUACGUGCACCUUCUUAACAGCUGUAAACAAGAAUGGUUUUCAGUGCUGUCAGUCCUAGAAAUCUCUUUGUCACCAUAAAGUUACGAAAUUCAGGCAUAAAAAAGGCCUUUCUAAGAUCGGAUGAAGCAGGUUGCUAUCACAACAGUAAGCUGGUAUCAUGUCUACGAGGGCUCGGAUAUCAAGAUUGCCACUUUCAGCAAUUUACACAACUUUGAGUUUACACAAGAGGGCCUGCGCGUUUGAAGAGCGUUUAAUGUUGGGCCUGGAAAGUUUAUUCGGUAAAAUUAAAAUUGCAAUUUUUCCACAGAAAAAAGACCGAUCUGGUGGAGGAGAUUCUAUUUUUCCCCACUUCUGCUCGACGAACUGCAUCAGCACGAGAAAGCAAUGAUGGCAACGACAGUAGUUCCUAUCAAUGCCCUGAACCUGGUUGCGAUGAAGAUUUUAAGACCCAGGCUGACCUUGACUUCUAUAUGAACUAGCUAGUUCAUCAUGUAAGUCCUGUGCCUAUGAGCAUGACUUAAAGUCUUUAUGACAAAGUGAAGAGGUAGUGGGUUCAUCACUUUCAGUCAUUAUUAUUAGAGGGUGAAAGUUCGACUGAACUGGUUGCAGUAGCCACAGAACCCUUGACAAGUACAUCAAAGCUUCUCAUGGGAUGGGCUCUUCAUAAGAGAGGUGCAAGUGAACGGCUUUCGCUAAACGUCAGGCAGUACUUGACACAGAAAUUUAAUAUCGGAUGAGACACUGGCAGAAACCAAACCUAGAGAAAGUAGCAAAGGAUAUGCGAACUGCUUACACAAUAGAUGGAGAGAGAAUGUUCGAUAGAACAGAGUGGUUAUCCAACAUACAGAUUCAGGAUUUCUUCUCGAGAUUGUGCCUUAAACAGCGAUCUAAAAUACAACAAGAAUCGGACGAUGCCACCGACGCAGACGACCACUUGAUAGAAGCAUCUCCGUCUGAUGUAAACGAAGGGUGUUUGAGAGAGGCGAGGAACACAGUAAUGGAUGAGAUAGGAUUGAAACAUCCAAUCAUGUUUGAUAUCUAUGUGUGCUCGUUGGCAAGAGAAGCAAGGUUGCCUAGUCUCAAAGUAAAGAUGCUAAGAGACAUGUGCAAACAUUUUGAGCUCGCAUUCAAAAUGCAAGAUACAAAUGCAGCACCUCUUGCAAAAAUGGAGGAAAUGAUUUCGGAGUGCAGUUGUUUUGCAAUCUAGUUAUGACGUCCACCCGUUAAUUAUGCGAAUGCGAUAUCCUUUUUCACAAGGACUCUUCAAACAUAUGAACAGAGACUGUUAAGCAGACAGGUGUGACGACCAAAUACCUUUUUUUCCCUUUCAGCUAGAAAUCCGAGCCAUCGCUGCUUUAUUACGAAGGGAGAAGCAAUUCAGAAUAAUUACACAAUUGAAUUACGUGACAGUGGUCACGGUGUAUUUCAGUGUGUGCUGUUAUCGCCGGUUACACUAAAUAGAAUCCUUUAGUGUGGUUUUGAAAUGUUCAUAGAGGUUUGAAUAGCGUAAGCUGUCAGAACUCAAAUAUGAAAUAACAGAAGCCAAAUUUUUAAAAAAGAGUUUGCGAGCGCUAAUCAAAUUAUGUUAUUCGAUACGUUGUUGUUGCUGUCUUUCGUCACGAGAUAUUAAAAUUUGUUAAAUUUUUGCCUUUUAAAAUGUUUAAGGUAUUAAUCGGUGUGGUCUUAAAGCUCUGUCUACUAUAUUUCUACUAUAUUUUCUACUCAAAAUGGUUACUGGUUGAGCUACUCAUAUAAAACGGUCGGAGUUUGCUCACUGAACUAAUUUGCAUAAUCGGCUGUCACGCUAGCAAUGCCGCUAAAAGUUUGAAGUCACCUCUGCGAAGAAAAUCAAUAAGUGCAAGAUGUUUUUAUAUUUUUCUGCAGCCAAACAUCUUAUUAGCAGAAAUCAAGCGGAGUUUUUAAUGGUCUGGUCUGGACUUGAGCAAUACCAACCAAGAAAGAAAGAGUACUUUUAACCAAUUUCAGAAAGCUGUCCAACGAGUGUUUUUAAAUAAAUUAUGACGAACCUCUGAAUAAACGAAUAUCAAAAUUGAAAUGCAUUUUAUACACCUUAUAUAUCACACACUUUAAGAAUACAAAAUAUUUUUUGCUGCACGCGGUGUGAUACGAGGACCGGGCUAUUCAACUUUUGAAAAUUUUCGAUGUCGCAAGAGGUCAAAAGAGGGCCUUUUGUAGCUUUGACUUUUGAGAGCUCUAAAAAUUUAAUUUUAAAGUAUUUCCAGAAACUAAUGUGGUUUUAUUUACUUGUUACCAAAGAUAGUUUAUUGUGCAAAGUUUGAGGGAAACUUUUUUCCGAUGCGAAAUGCUCUGGACCGCUCUUACAGAGAUCGCCUGUUAAGUUGUCAAUAUUUUUUUCGAACCAAAAGACUUCGUAUAUAAUUGACACUAGAAAAUUUGUUUCUUUCUUGACGAUGAGAUAUCUCUGGAGGGUAAAUCAAUAAAAUUGCCUUGUUUUAUUUCCCACCAGAGCUCGGUUCCCUGUUGAAUGAAAACAGCAUAGAUUUGAGUUUGGUACAGCAAUAUUUGAAAGAUAGCGAUAGCGCCCUUGUUGGUCAAGAGAUCGAACCGAUUCAUCUCUAUGAAAAACUGCAACUGGUACACCCUGUAACUGAGCAAAUGUUUACACCACGAAAUGUGGCCUUACUUUUCUUCCACCCAAGACCUCAUGAAUUUUUCACGGGUGCUAGCACUGAAAUUGCUAUAUUUACCCAUGACAACGAGGCAGAAGAAGAGGUGCGAAUGACUGGUCCAAUCAACCAACAAAUCAAGAAAUGUUUGCGUUUUAUCCUGGACAUUCCAAAGAGAGAUUUGAGCCUUGCCAUGGUUGCCUAUCCUGAACGAGCUCUUCGUGAAGCCGUCGUCAACGCUUUCCAUCACAGAAGUUAUGAAAGGUGUCAUCCUGAUCCAAUCAAAAUUCAUAUUAAGCCAAAGUUCAUUGACAUCAUUAGUUAUCCUGGUCCAGAUCCCAGUCUGAAUCAAGACGAUUUCUCUGAAGAUGGAGAAGUACCACCUGUCCCAUCCAGGAAUAGGCGGAUAGCAGACUUCUUAAAAUCAUUGAAGCUGGCUGAAGGGAGAUACACUGGUGUCGGCACAAUCUUUCGUUCUAUGAAGGAGAACAACAAUCCCAAACCUAAAUUUGAUUUCAAAGAGUCAUACUUUCGCGUCCGUCUUCCUGGGCACCCCAAAUACAUCGCUCAUUCCGUCAGAAGUAGAGCUGAUUAUCUCUGUGCGAAGGGAAGCAAGGAGGAAGCCGUGACGCUGAUCACAGGUUUCCUCGAGGAAAAGCCAAGGAUGCUGUCUGAAACCCUCAUCGUUAGGCUUUUUGAAUUGCUCGGGGAUGACAAGCACGAUGCAAAAUAUCAACGUUAUCACGAGUUUAUUGAAGGAAGAAGACAACGCCGUAGUUUUCUGAAGGAAAAGCUGCUUAAAUGGAGUGAAGCCGAUGUAACAGACAUACCGGCCGGUGUCAAACUUGUCAAGAGCCUGUCGGAAGAAGGUGCAGGCAUCAGCGACCUUUCGUGUGUUGUUUCUAAAGCGUCUCAACUGUGUCAGAAGAAUGCAAAUGAAGAACAAAACUUAGAGGCCUUACAGAACGCUAACAAGCUCUAUGAGGCUAUGGGUGAGGUUGUAAAAACAGAUGCCUCAGUAUCUUUCCAGUUUGCAGACUGUUUGUUAAACCUGUAUAACUUAAACACUACCAAUGAAGGAUCAGAAAAGGGUAACAGCAUUGAAGAGCGUAAAAAUAUUUUACGAUUCCUCGCAAAGGCAGAGGAGAAUGUGAAAACCGCCAUACAGCUGACUCUGAAAGAUGACUUUAAAAACCUAGCUUUGCAGCACCGCUUGCUUGGCUACAUCCACUUCCAGAGAUGUUCAGUCGAUAAGUCAUUUGAAAAAGAAUACAGAGAUUGCUACGUCAAAGCUCGCUUGUAUGACCCGACAAUAUUCAUCAAUUCUGACUUUGAUCCAGAGAGCUCUCUUUCACGAAAAAGAUUAUGUGUGAGCGCAGACAAAAAGAAAAAGAGCCCUCAGACAUCAGACUCAUCAGAAAAAGUCACCCGUUCGUGGCCAGCAAUAGCAAAUCCUCGCCGCAAAAAGGACGAUUGCCUUGACUUAACGGAAACUUAG